AUGGGGGUGCCGAAGGGCGUGGCCCUGACCGGCAUGGGCGUGACCUUGCGCGGGUGGGAGGGGCCAGGCCGCUGUGGGAGCCUCCGGGAAGAAGAUGCUCGGGCCAGCAGCCACCGCCAGCCCAGUCGCCGCUGCCACCCGCGCCCGCCGCCCCCCGGGCCCCCACUAGCGGCCGCCUCUGCUUCCCACCUCCGGCCCCCCGCCCCGAGCAGGGCCUGGGGGGCUCGGCCCUCUGCCCCGGCCUCUACCCUGUGUGCUCCUGCAGAGGAAGGUGAAUACUUCCUGAAGGUGCUCAUCCCCAGCUACGCAGCUGGCUCCAUCAUCGGCAAGGGCGGGCAGACCAUCGUGCAGCUGCAGAAGGAGACGGGAGCCACCAUCAAACUGUCCAAGUCCAAAGACUUCUACCCUGGAACCACAGAGCGGGUAUGCCUAGUACAGGGCACAGCAGAGGCCUUGAAUGCUGUGCACAGCUUUAUUGCCGAGAAGGUCCGAGAAAUCCCUCAAGCGAUGACCAAGCCUGAGGUGGUCAACAUCCUUCAACCCCAAACCACGAUGAACCCCGACAGAGCCAAGCAGGCCAAGCUGAUCGUCCCCAACAGCACUGCGGGCCUGAUCAUCGGCAAGGGGGGCGCCACGGUGAAAGCGGUCAUGGAACAGUCGGGUGCGUGGGUGCAGCUGUCGCAGAAGCCCGAGGGCAUCAACCUGCAGGAGCGCGUGGUGACGGUCAGCGGCGAACCCGAGCAGGUGCACAAGGCUGUGAGCGCCAUCGUGCAGAAGGUACAGGAAGACCCCCAGAGCAGCAGCUGCCUCAACAUCAGCUACGCCAACGUGGCUGGUCCCGUGGCCAACUCCAACCCCACCGGCUCGCCCUACGCCAGCCCGGCCGACGUGCUGCCGGCUGCGGCCGCCGCCUCCGCCGCCGCCGCCUCCGGCCUGCUGGGGCCCGCGGGGCUGGCGGGCGUGGGAGCCUUUCCCGCCGCGCUGCCCGCCUUCUCAGGCACCGACCUGCUGGCCAUCAGCACGGCGCUUAACACGCUGGCCAGUUACGGCUACAACACCAACUCCCUGGGCCUGGGCCUCAACUCGGCCGCAGCCUCCGGCGUCCUGGCCGCAGUGGCCGCCGGUGCCAACCCUGCCGCCGCCGCCGCAGCCAACCUCCUGGCAUCCUACGCGGGUGAGGCCGGGGCCGGGCCAGCCGGAGGGGCCGCCCCGCCGCCGCCGCCGCCACCCGGAUCCCUGGGGUCCUUUGCAUUGGCCGCGGCGGCCAAUGGCUACCUCGGGGCCGGGGCAGGCGGUGGGGCGGGUGGAGGAGGUGGCCCGCUGGUGGCCGCGGCUGCCGCGGCAGGGGCGGCUGGGGGCUUCCUGACCGCAGAGAAGUUAGCCGCUGAGAGUGCCAAGGAGCUGGUGGAGAUUGCGGUGCCUGAGAACCUGGUGGGAGCCAUCCUGGGCAAGGGGGGCAAGACGUUGGUGGAGUACCAGGAGCUGACAGGCGCCCGCAUCCAGAUCUCCAAGAAGGGCGAGUUCCUGCCUGGCACGCGGAACCGGCGGGUCACCAUCACGGGCAGCCCCGCGGCCACGCAAGCCGCUCAAUACCUCAUCAGCCAGCGGGUCACCUAUGAGCAGGGGGUGAGGGCCUCAAACCCCCAGAAAGUGGGAUGAGGCCUGUGGUGUGUGCGCCCACCCUUCUCCCUCCUCCACCUUCUCCUCCUUCCCUCCGCCUCCCCCAACUCCUGACCUCAGCUUGGUUAGUCCUGCUCCUCAUGGGAUGGGGCUGGGGUAGGCCUGACUGCACCCUCCCCUCUGGUAGUCAUAGGCAGGAUUGAGCGAUGGCUGGGGAGGGGGCUCCUGAGCCCCCUCCCCAGCCCUGAGCUGACCCCUCCCCUCCCUGUGCUUGACUGGGCCUGACCCUCCUCUCCCAGGGCCCAGGUCUGUGUGAUAUCUGUAUAUAUUGCAUUUUGUUGAUUUUAAUAGAAAACAAAGCGUUAUUUUCUCUUUCUUUCCCUCCUUUUUUUCUUUUUUCUCCCUUUUUCUUUUUUCUUUUCUUUUUCUUUUAUUUUUUUGGUAAGGAUCCCCCCUUUGUAACUUUUUGUUUCCAUCUGGGAGGAGGGGAGGGUGCCUCUGGGUCACUUGGAAUGAGGGGCCUCCCCAAAACACAACAGCCUGCCUCUCCAUUUUCAGUUCUAGAUCCCAGGGAAGUGAUGGGAGUAGAGGUGGCCAAGGUGUCUGAGCCAAAAUGGGGCACUUGGAGCAGGGACCCCAGAGGUCCCAGACUUCCUCAGCUACUCUGUCCCCACUGGAGUUGCCCCUUCUGGGUGGGAUUUUUACCCUUUGGUUGUCAGGUUGACCGGGCUCAGGGAUGGUGCUGGGGAAGGAGGUCAGCUCUGGGGUUCAGCUGGUCCUGUGAGCUUACGAGAGGCUGGAAAACCUUGCUGUGUCAUCUUUGUGGCUUUUCCUUGAGUAAUGGAAAUAAGGGUCCCUGUUGGAUUGUUGCUGAGUCAAGUACUUUCUGGGCACUCCAUAUGAUGUCACAGGAAGCAGUUCCCCAGAAGUCAUUUCCUGUGAUGAUGAGAGACAAGUACUUAUGAGGUCUCAAUGAGCCCUUUCUUGAAGGUCACUUCAGUGAUGAUAUCAGGGGGUAUGGACUUCCUGUGGAGUCUCAAGGUCACUUCCUGUGAUGUCAUUGGGAUGCAGCAUGUACUUCCUGUUUCGGACAAUGGCUAGUCCCUGAUGCUCCUUCUCCACCCACACUCCUCUUUGGUGGGUGUUGGACUGGGGGAUCUUCCUAGGAAGAGAAUAAAGGGUGGGACUUGGAUCCACUCUGGAGGAUUCUAAGGAGUAAAAACAAAAAAGAAUACUGUCAGGGUCAUCUCCAUCCAGACACCCCAAGGCUAUGAAUUCCCCUGGCAGGGAGAGGUGGGAGAUGGACCUAGUGAAACUCAUUGCUGAAGACCCUCAUCCCACCCGUGCCCUCUCUGCGUGCCUGUGUCUGUGUGGCUUUGUUUGGUUGACUCUGGUGAGCCAUAAGUGCAGCUGUGCUGUCAGGCCAGCGUGGCCCUGUGUAGUUCGUGGAGCCAUGGUUGGGUCUCUUGGGCCCCGAGGCUUCACGAGCUCUGGUGGUUUGGACUGGCCUGGUGGCUCUGAGCCUGCUGGCAUACUUUGAUGGUGUCUGAUGGAUCAGAAUUUUUGGUGCACUCACCUUGAACACUGAGAAGCUAGAAUAUUCUAAUGGAGCCAGGCAGCCCAGACAGUUGUUACAGGAGUGACUUGCUAAGCACGGUGGCUGCAGUCGGCUCUAAGGACCCGCCAAUGGACUGAGAGUCAGGUCCUGACAACCGUUUAGACUAGGUCAGCUGAGACCCAGCUCUACCCUCCUCCACCUGCACCUCCUCCUUGGAGACCUCCGCCUCCUCCAAUCCAAAACAGGGCCCUCCGUGCUCUGGUUCCAUCAUCAGCAUCUCUGGGGGAGAGGCACCCCAUGCCCACCCUCUCCCCCAUCUGCCCCCCUCCUAGGUCUUCCAGACCCCUCUCCAUGGCUUUGGGGGAAUCUGGCCUCCUCAUCUCUCUCUCCUUUAAAAAGGAGGGAAGAAAAGCCACAGAGACAAUUCCUACCCCCUAAAGCCUGGGAGGCCCCUUUUCCUGCCCCUGCUAGAGAGCCACCCCCAAAUCAAAAUGUGAAAAUCCCUAGAAAGCAAUAGCCUUCGAGGUACCUUGCACUGAAUUUCCCGCCCCAGCCCUUCCACCCAACAGGAGGCUGGAGCUUGGGCACUAGGGUGACUUUUUCCAUGCCCUCGUCAUCUCCAGGGUGAAGGGCAGACCCCAUUUCCUCCACACCCUCCUCCCACCUCCUAUAGCUGCUGCCCCCACCUCUAAUCUCCAGACUGAGCCCCGAUGGAGAUCCGAGUGCCAAAACAAUUCUUGAUAUAACUUUGUACAUAUCUUCUACAGUUGGGGGCUGCUGGGGCUGGAGGUGGGGGCCACUCGUGGGCCAUGCUCCCCUCCACCUCUCAGAGACCUUACAGUAUUUAACAGUAUCUACCCGCACGUGGGUAUUACAGUAUCUAGCUGGAAUAUCCCCCUAUGAGCCCCCAGGCCCCCAUGAGCAGGAGAAGGAGCCAGGAGAGGUGAAGUAGGUCUGGGCAUGGGUGGGGGGGACAAAAGAGCUCAUUUUCAUAUAAUUUGCAUCCUCAGCUUGGCUGCUCCUGCUUUCUAUAACUCAUUCGCUGGAGUCUGGGUCCCAAUCAGCAGGAUCCAGAACUCCUCUCACACAGACAUGGCUCUGGAGGCUGGGCCUCCUGAAAAGUGUUCCCUUAGGUAUCUGUGUGACAAGCGCCAUCCCUAUUCAUAUUUCUUGGGGACCCUCUACCCCACCAGCCAGGGCUAUCUGAAGUGUAGUUUGCUAGCUCGGUGAACUAGUUCACUCACCAUGUUGGUGAGUGGGGAGCCACGCAUCUUUCCCCAUUUUACCCUGGGAAAUUCACUCCACCAUCUUCCCCAUCCCUUGAAAGUCCCUUCUGCAAUCUGACCUCAAUCUUUCGUGCUGCAGUUUGUCCAAAGGGGACACAGAUGUGGGGUCAGAGACAGGAAUUAUUGGAAAACCCAUUGCCUCUUUUUCCCCCCUCUCCUCCUGUUAGCCAAUCAGAGAUUCUGAAUGGCCUCCUUGCACCCUGCUCUUCAGCACCCAGUAGGUGCUUAAUAAGUGAAUUGUCUCCCUAUUCCUUCUCAUCUGCCCUUCAGAACCUUUGCCUCUCUUUCUCUGGCUCCCUAUGGUCUUCUAUUUUUUCUUUUUGUGGCUCCCGUUGUCCUCUGUCCUGUCUCUAUCUUUGCCUGUGUCCGUGUCCCCCUCUCCUCAACUCCCACUUUCUCUCCCCUAGUUUCCCCAUUAAAAAAAAAAAGUGCCAAACUUCCUUGGAACUGAGCCGCUCUGGGGUGGGGGGAGAGGACCUUGGGCAGAGAGAAGGAAGCGGGGACCAUCUCUCUUUGAGGAGGCCCCUAAGAGGCAUUGAAUAAGGUCUGUGGACACUGAGCUAAAUUGGGUCCCCCUUCCUCAUCCCUCUUGCCCUGAGUUUUUCUUAGAAUCUUUAUAAGAAAAAAAAAAGAAAAAAGAAAGAAAAAAAAACUCUCCUUUUCAGCUAACCCCUACCUUUUUGGAUCCCCCAAAUUCCAC